GUGGUUGUGGCGGCGGGCGGACGUCACGUGAUCACUCAGCUCAUGUGACAAAGGAGAAAGUCAAAACAGGAACAAAAUGGCUGCAACUGGCGACGACGCUGCAGCGAUGGACAGCAUCUCCAGGGCUCCAGCGGCCCACUUGGCGGCUCUGAACCCGGCCGUGAGCAGCACCGCCGCCUCCUCUCAGGGAGAAGGGCCGGAGGUUGUGGCGGAAACCCCGGCGGUCGUUCCCAAGAAGCCCAGUACCAACAGUGAUGGUGGUGUGGAAACAGCAGAGGAGGCUGUGGAGCCUGCAGAGCCUGAUAUCAAUGAGCUGUGCACUGAUAUGUUUGAUAAGAUGUCAGUCUUCCUGCAGGGAGAAUUGACAGCUACCUGUGAGGAUUACCGGCUACUGGAGAACAUGAACAAGCUUACUAGUCUUAAGUACAUGGAGAUGAAGGACAUCAGCAUCAACAUCAGCCGUAACCUGCAGGAUCUCAACAACAAGUAUGCGAGCCUUCAGCCCUACUUGGACCAGAUAAAUCAGAUCGAGGAGCAAGUGUCUUCACUUGAACAGGCUGCUUACAAACUGGACGCGUACUCUAAGAAACUAGAGGCCAGAUUCAAAAAACUGGAGAAGCGAUGAGGGGGAAUAAGUGGCAGACUGACGGUUGGGGUGCCUUCUCACCUUCUUUAACCCAACUCGGCCGUGCCUUCCUCUCCCCCUGCCAGCAGGGCCAGGAGCUGCGGGGAGGAUGUGAACUGAGACUGAAACAACAAACAGUCAGAGCCACUUAGACACCAAGAAACGACCACGGAGGAAGCAGCUGAAGGCACAUGAAUUAGUACUGCAGUGCUUGGCUUAGAUUUAACUCCUGUAUCACUGGUUUUGGCAGCAGUUGUGCAGCCAUGAGUGUGUGUGGUUGUAUACCCACGUACUUUUACAGAUGCACUUGCUAAUUAUCAGCAUAUCCUAACUGAGUGAUGGAAUCAGAAUAUACUAAUUUACUUCUAAACCAAAAGAAACGCAGCAGAUUGACAGACUUACACCACUGGAGUAUAUAACAACACCUUUGUCACAUGAAGAUACUUUAAUGAUGAUGAAGCAUGUCAUCGAUCUGUUUGUAAAAAUGUCCCGGCCCUCUUUAAUUCUGAGCUUUUCAGGCCACCGACCUAUUGACAGACAGAAAUAGAAAUGGUUACCUGACAUCUGUGUUGGGCUUUGUUGUUACAAAUGUAUAUUUUGGGUAAACAGUUCCACAAACAGCUUAAAUUGUAACAUUUGUUAUGUUUUAAAAACUACUGUGUAGAGAGCAGCUAGAAAUCGCACUACAAUCUUUGUAGAUUGGGUCUAAAGCGUGCACAUUCAAAAGAAAGAUAUUUGAUACAAAUUAUUGUGUAUUACAUCUAUCCUGAGAUAUUGACACUGACAACUGGAGUUUUUUCUGUAAAUAAACCAUGAUGUGCAUAUCA